AUGGAUAUCCAAUGUCAAAGCGAAAGGAAUACAAAGACGAACGCGACAGCAAUGCAAAGAGGAACUUCGGUGAAAGGGUCGUGCGUGCACACUCCAGGAGGCGUUGGGAGGAACAUAUGCGAAACGGUUGGCGCUUUAGUUUCAAUAUGGAUGUCUUCUUCCGCGGGAAGGAACAAGAACAGGUUGAGUGUCCACAUGCACUCUCAAAUAGGGGAGGAUGACGUUGGGAGAAAAAUGGUCGAACAGUUACAGCGGGAGUUACGCGUGGACGUGAAAGACGUGAAGAUGGAUUCUAGUUCGAGAACGUCCACGGUGGUGGCUCUGUUAGACGACCAGGAUGGAGAGAGGGAGCUGUUCGCGUGCGUGGCAGACGUGGCGGAUGUGGAGAUACCUAUCGGGAGAGUUCGGUCGUCGUCUCGAAUCGGCGAGGGCCAAAGUCGCUUCGUGGUGUGCGAUGCGAAUCUGUCCGAGGAAUCCCUAAGGAACGUCGUGAGUGGUAAGGAUGAACAAAACGAGCAUGUAUUUUUCGAACCUACGAGCGUGACUAAGUCGGUAAAGAUUGCAUCUAUAGUGAACGUGGUGGACGCGACAUCGCCGAACGCGAAAGAGCUUCGCGAGAUGGCAAACGCUUUAAGAAGAUCGUUGGCGCCCGGCUCGCCACCGUCGCCUUGUCCGUUUAAUCCACAUUUAAAGUUCGCUUCAGCGCAGGAGGCUUUAAACGUGUUAGCUGGAGAUUUGCAAAUUUUGCACUCGCACGGCGUGAAGGUUGUCUUUUUGACGCUCGGCGAACUAGGCUCGAUUGUAUCGUCUAGCUGUGGCGAGAGCGGUAAGACGAGAUACGCGCACGUGAAAGCGGAGAGAGUGAACGGCACAAGCACUUACUCCGUGGUUGGCGCCGGAGACGCUUUUGUAGCCGGUGUGGUAUUCAAACUCGCCUCCUCGUCAAAGGUCAAAUUCAAUUUCAAAGAAAACGUCGACGCCGCUGCGUUUGGCUCGAAAGUCGCCGCGUUAACGUUAGGAAGUUGGAAAAAAUAG